GACUUACCUUAUGUAAUUGUGAUAUAUUCUAUGAAAUACGGCACUUGCCACUGAAAGCUACUACCUAAUAAUCUCUGCUACAACUUUUUUUUCCUCUGGUUUUAUAUAGAACCAGCACACUUGGGAAUACACACAUAUUUUUUUAGGGGUGGAGAUCUUAUAAACAUCUUCCUUCUCCCCCUCUUGCGCAUCUCACAAACCUGCAUACGGCGCCUAUCGAAUUCCUCACCUAGAGAUAGGAGCAAUUAACAUCUCCGACUGUAUAUCCGAGCUUGACCAACACAUAGGUACUAAGUUUGGUAGCUUAGCUCGACCGUUACACAUUAGUCGCGAAGCUAUGACUUCUGAUAUCCCACCUGCCGCUGCCUCGCGCUUGCAUUUGAGCGACUACCAGCACGGGCAAACUUCCAGCUCUCGAUCUUCGCUUCACACGCCUACAUCUCAGUCUCAUCACCCACAUACUCCUCACCACGAUGCCACCAGUACAGGCGUAGAAGCCAUGGAUGAACAUAGCGACCAGCCAGUGGCUCGCCACCCGCCCAGCACAUCUACGGACCUCGAGUCACAGACCGGUCCCACGCGCUACGGCGGCAAUGACCCUUACAACUUGUCGUCGGCCUUCAAGACAGCCGAGCAGAUCGACGAGAUCAAGGCCAACACGGCUCGUAAGCGGACGGGCGCCGUCAGCUCGGGCAUCGACUAUUUCAACUCUUCCCUCCGAGCAAGAAGGAUCCAGACGUUCUACCACAAGCAGAACGACACCAUCAAGCAGAUGCUCAAAUCGGUGGAUGAGCACUCCACCGAAGCCCAGAACGAGGCCGGCGACGAUAACCUACGGGUUAAGAUCGCCGUCGCGGGCUCCUUCGUCGCCAACGUGCUCCUAGCCGCCCUCCAGGUUUACGGCGCCGUGUCCUCCGGCUCCCUGUCCCUCUUCACUACCAUGGCCGACGCCAUAUUCGACCCUCUUAGCAACCUUACUUUGAUCAUCGUCCAGAAGUCCAUGAAGCGCGUGGAUCCUAACAAGUUCCCGUCCGGAAAGGCCCGCCUCGAGACCGUGGGCAACAUCACGUUCUGCUUCAUGAUGACGGCGGUGUCGGCGAUCCUAAUCGCCUUCUCGUGCGAGGACAUCUCGAGCCGGCGGGGCACGGCGGCGGAGGUUAACAGCUUCCACCUCCCCUCGGUGAUCGCGGUGUGCGUGGCCUUCACCACCAAGCUCGCUCUGUUCCUGUACUGCUGGGGCAUCAAGGACAAGUACAGCCAGGUGAACAUCCUGUGGCAGGACCACCGCAACGACCUGCUGGUCAACGGCUUCGGUGUGCUGACUUCGGUCGGCGGGUCCAAGCUGACCUGGUGGCUGGACCCGGCGGGCGCGAUCCUCAUCUCGGUCGUCAUCAGCGCGGCCUGGCUGCGGCAGGCCUUCGCCGAGUUCAUGACGCUCGUGGGGCGCGCCGCGGACAUCGACGUCCACCGCCUCAUCACGUACGUGUGCCUGACGUACGACGACCGCGUCCGCGGCAUCGACACCGUCCGCGUCUACCACUCGGGCCCCAAGCUCAUCGCCGAGAUCGACAUCGUUAUGGACCCCGCCGACCCCCUCCGCGUCACCCACGACGUCUCCGAGGGCCUCCAGAUCGAGCUCGAGAAGCUCCCCAAUAUCGAGCGCGCCUACGUCCACGUCGACUACGAGACUACGCAUAAGCCCGAGCAUAGCUAUCGCAAGGACCUAUAGGCGUCCCCCGCGGUAGUGAGUAUGCGUGUCAUGAAAUAGAAGAAUAUAAGGUACCUAGCAAGAUAACAUAGAUGGAUAGGCGGAUAGGCGGGUAGACGGGUAGAUCGUCGGCGGUAUUCAUAGUAGGCGCGAGAAUAUACACGAGGUCGGAGUCAAUUACAAGGUACUUUACGAGCUAGCACAUGAUGGUGGUGAAUCGUGAUGGCGUUUCAUUGUAGAGGCGUAUAAAAAAACAUCAUGACACAAGGCUUAGAAAGUCAUCCCGAAAGAGACAAGGGGGGCGUGGGUUUAUUAUUAGAACAGGUAGUAAGAGGUAGUAACCGUUAAUUAAGUUCCCAAACAGAAUGUCUAUGCCCAGACAUUCACUUUCGAUAACAUAACACGUCAGUCAGGAUGUGAUUCGCA